AUCGCGUCUCGACGGCGGCGGAGAGGGGCGUCUGGUUGUCAGGCCCAGAGCUGGUCCGUCCGUCGUCCGGCCGACUCGAGGCAUCAGAGCAGCGGAUUUCGCGCGAGAUAUAGACCCAUAACACUCUCACGCGUACACGUACGCGCGAUUACACACACACGUAUACACACACAAAUACAUUGUGCAUCCGCGGGAGUACGCGCGCGCGCGCGCGCCUGUCCGUCAUCGUCAGUCGAGCCGCCGGUCACCGCACACGUGUGUAUCGCGUACGGGCGAAGUAUAAUACAGUGGUGUAGGACACACAUCGUGCACACGUACACCACGUAUUUACCCGCGUAAGCUCUCCCGGUUACGCGUUACGGUCGUACACGGUCGAGCAUCUCUACCUGUCUCUCGCGCGCGCGCACCGAGAAUGCCGCCGGUCUCUCACGUCGCCAUACGACCGCGACAAGCCGACCGCGUCGAGCCGGUGGUAGUCGAAAUAGCGUGAGUAGUACUCGGGUGUGUGUUGUGAGCAAGCGUGGUCGCGAUUCAUCCGCGAGAGCUGCGAGAGUUCCACGCGGCCAGCCAGGCAGGCGGAUAGCGGAGACAGCCGAGAUCACGACAACCACGACAACCACGACAACCACGACGAUCACGACAACUCGUUUCGGAGCAACGGCAACGGAGGACUUUCGGAGCAAAAAGAGGGAAGGAGAGAGGGAGAAUAGGCGCGAGCCACGUGCGAGUCGCGCGGAAGAGCAUCCACGACUCCGUCGUCAGUGAGAGAAAGAGAGAGAGAGAGAGAGAGAGAGAAAGAAGAGUCGGUUAUCUCAGUGCGCGACAGACACGUCUCGGGAGUCUCCUAUCUUCGGCGAUUUCGCGGGGAAAGAGAUCGUCCCGUCGCGAAUCUGGUGGGGGAUGGGUUAGGGGAUCGGUGCGUUAGCCUCUAUGGAUUACUGGCCGAGUUGACACGCUCACCGGCCGGCGGGCGAGAGUAACGCUCCUUCGGCAAAACGAACUUCGCGAAGUGCGUCGCUGUACGGUUCGCGAGGGGAGAUGAGUCUCCCCUAGAACAGUUGGUGCCGAUGGUGAGGUACGCGAGCGGCGAUCUCGUUGCAUUUUCUCGGUUUCGGUUGUCGAUCGCGAAAGAUUGAGAUAGAGACAACAGAACGGGACGGGAGGCGAGAGGCGAGAGGCGAGAGAGAGAAAGAGAGAGAGAGAGCGGGCGACAGAGGGAAUAAUGCGGUUCGCACCCUCGACGCUGCAGCGACGUCGUCAAGCGCCGUUGUCCCGUCGACGACGUCUAGACUGACCACGCAUUCGUCGUCUGCUUUUCGUCGGGAUCCCGAGAAGGAGGAGGAGGCGGAGGAGGCGGAGGAAGCGGCGGAGGAGGAGGAGGAGGAGGAAGAGCAUCCGCGAGAACGAGUGCACCGGCGGCGACCGCGACGGUCGUUCCAACCGACCGACCCGAUCCAAAUCGUCGGCGGACGACGACUGCCUCUUCGACGCGAGAGUGCGAGAACGACGACGAGGAGAGUGCGGCGAACUUGAUUCAACCGAGUCGGAGGGAUGUCACGGAGAAAGCAGGCCCGACCGAGUCGUGCUCAUCUCGAGGAGGAUCUUGUCCAGAGGCCUCUGUUGACCAAUCCCAUUGGAACUGUCGCAGGCAAUAUCCGAGAAGAAAAUGACUUUACAUCAGACGGUGAAGAGAGCGGUGGUGGAGGAGGAGGUGGCGAGGAAGCCGUGGAUCUCACAGCGACGAGAUCUCAUCAGGGUGACGAUGAUCCUAUGGAAGAGGAUGAGGAAGAAGGUAUCGAUGAGCAAGACGAGCAGGACGAGGACGAGGAGGGUUCGCGCAAACAGAUUCAUCAUCGACAGGACGCGGAGAACAAUAAUAACUUUGUGGAGAGCGGCCUACCUACUGCUAUAUUUCCACCUGCUGGAACUAGUCACGUCACCCUUGAAGCCCUUCAAAAUACAAAAGUGGCGGUCGCCCAGUUCGCAGCCACUGCCCUCACCGGGGCAGACAGCGAAGCGGCGCUACAAGACCUGGCAUUUCUGGAAAACACGCUGUGCACCCUUCAGAAUCAACAGGUAUUGCAAUUACAGCUGAUUCGACAACUUCAGCAACAAUUAUUGAUUACUCACGGGCAAUCGGUAAUGCAAUCGACGGCAACGGAGCCAACCGAUAAUAAAGAGGCUUCGUCGUCUCCGAUUAUUCAUCCGAAACCAUUGUCGAGUCUCGCGUCACCUCCUUCAUCUCGUCCACCGAGUCAUCAUCAACAAACGUCACCGGCGCCAUUGACGCCGAAUCUGCUUCAGGAACGGCCAACCUCGACGAGCAGCGCUUCUCCUUUGAAUCUACCCCUCUCUUCGACCGGCGCGACAUCAACUGCCAUCACAACUACCAGCAGUCAAAUACCGAUGCCGCAUCAAAUGCCGCCGCUUUGCUCGAUAAGCGCUUCCCUCGCUUCGUCGAUCAUAACGAACACCGAUCCGCCGCCGCUUCACGAGCCAAACACGCUGGACAUUCUUCAGAAACGUACCCAGGAAGUAUUGGAUAACGCGAGUCAAGGACUAGCCAACAAUUUGGCCGACGAGCUCGCGUUUAGAGGCAAGGGCUCGCGACUAUCUCCUUACGAUUCGAAAUCAAGUGGUGGUCGCGGCGAGCCCUUCUUCAAGCAUCGAUGUCGCUUCUGUGGCAAAGUCUUCGGUAGCGAUUCGGCGCUACAAAUCCACAUACGAUCCCAUACAGGUGAGCGACCCUUUAAGUGCAACGUAUGUGGCAGUCGGUUCACGACCAAGGGCAACCUGAAGGUCCACUUCCAAAGGCACACAGCCAAAUUUCCACACGUUAAGAUGAAUCCAAAUCCCGUUCCAGAGCAUUUAGAUAAAUACCACCCACCUCUCUUACAGCAAAUCGCUUCUGGGCAGAGACCGAUGCCGUCUCCGCCGCCGCCGCCACCACCACCAUCCUCUCAUCACCCUUCGUUUCACCCGGCAACAACGCACGGUUUCCUCCCGCCACAACCGCCCAUACCUCUGAGUCUCACCUUAUCCAACAUGACACCUAUUUAUCGAUCUCCAGUUAUUAAUCACCGGGACGAUCAAGAUGUGCCGGAGAAUCUUAGUAAACCCAUAACCACCGCUCCACAGACGUCUCCCACUUCUCCCGUUGCCGUAUUGAAUUCUCGCCAUUCCUUUCACGACAAUCUCCAUCAACAACAUCAAAAGCAGCAGCUUGAGCAGAGAGAGGAAAUAAAACUCGAACAGAGAUCACCCGGACAGGAACAAUAUCAACAACGACCGAUGAGCCGGGAAGGCGCCGAGCGAAUAACACCAAAAAGAGAACCCGAGGAGACGGAAGAAGUCGUUGAGGAAGAAAGCGAAGAUUUUGAAGAGACCACGAGACGAUAUCUCAAUUCACCCCAAUCCGCGAAUCCACCAUCCCAGUCGCAAAUAUACGAGGAUUGUAGUAUGGACAGCAAGAUCAGCGGACGUUUAGAGGGCGACGGAGAAAUGGAAGUGGACGAAGAAACAGAGGAGCAACCUGAAAAUCUCUCGAGCAGAGGUACAAUCAAUCGUUUACCCCAACAGAUCGGAGCGUAUCCGGGAGCAUCGCCGGCCAGCAGUAGUGCAAGUAGCGGUAGUCUGCAAACAUCUUUCGCUGGAAUCUUGUUUCCUGGUCCUCCAGCCCAUCACCAAAUUCCUCACCUUCCUAUUUCUACACAAGCAGGAUCAAUCACCACAUCCGGAAAUGAAAUGAUCGAUCCAGCCAAAGAUCCGGCGAUUUAUUCGACCUUAUUACCGCGACCUGGCAGCAAUGACAAUUCCUGGGAGAGUUUGAUCGAAAUAACGAAAACUUCAGAGACAUCCAAGCUGCAACAACUAGUCGACAAUAUCGAGCACAAGCUGAGCGAUCCUAAUCAGUGCAUCGUUUGUCACAGAGUGCUUUCAUGCAAGAGCGCGUUGUUGAUGCAUUAUCGCACUCAUACCGGCGAGCGUCCUUUCAAGUGUAAAAUUUGCGGUCGCGCCUUCACGACAAAGGGCAAUCUGAAAACUCACAUGGGAGUUCACAGAGCUAAACCACCACUGAGAGUGUUGCAUCAGUGUCCCGUGUGUCACAAAAAAUUCACGAACGCUCUCGUAUUGCAGCAGCACAUACGUCUUCAUACCGGAGAACCCACUGAUCUCAGCCCGGAACAGAUUCAAGCUGCAGAAGUAAAUGAGUUCCCGCCCGGUUACCAUCCGCUGGCGUCUUUCCUUCCGCAAGGAUUUCCAUCGAUACAUCCGACUAGCGCGAGCUUCUCCUUAGGCUUCCCUCCAUCCAGGCAAACGGUCAUUGAGCAACAAUCACACGAAAGCGAUAUUGAAACGAAAGAGGAGUCUCACCGACAAAGAUUUAUGGAGGAGCAUGGCGAAGAGAUAGAAGAUCAGGAGGAUGAGGAGCAAGAUCAUAGAGAGGACGACGAGAGGUGCGAAUUAAAUCGUGAAAGGCGUAGCGUCGAUGUCGAAGAAGAGCAGGACCAUGAAAGCGAAGAUACGUCCGAGCACAAGGAUGUAACGCUUCCUAUAUUUUCGACUUCGUUGGCGGCGCUCGAGAACCAAGUAAGGACCAUCACGACGACGGCCACGACGACAAAUGUGGCCAGGUCGCCAUCCUUUCAUCGAUACAACGGGAGCGAGAAGAGUACUAGCCCACCGACAUCCGGAGCCCCGCUCGAUCUAACACCCCGUGCUUCGUCUACGCCAGCGUCGGUGGCAUCCGCAUCGCCAACACCGCCACCUCAGACGGCGCCGCAUCAUCCACCAAAUCCCUUUGGCAUGUUCGCGGGACUACUGCAAGCGGUUUCGUCUGCUCCUACCACCAGCACGAUAGGCACGUCGAACAUAAACAGCGUCACCUCGAUGAGUGCUAUCAACCCGGCUAGCGGUCCCGGCAGCGGACCCUUAGCUUCGCUGACCACUUCAGCCGUACUAGCCGCAUCAUCGACCUACAAUCCGCUCGGCCUAGCUGUCGGAGGCCCAGCAGUACGUGGCAACACCACAUGUAAAUUCUGCUACAAGACGUUUGCGUGCCAAUCUGCAUUGGAGAUUCAUUACCGGAGUCAUACGAAGGAGCGACCUUUCAAAUGCACCAUAUGCGAUCGAGGUUUUUCUACGAAGAACGAUGAUACCGGUCAGCAAGUAUGUUCCUGCGCGGACCAACCCUUCGCCGCGAAGGGUCCGAUCCUCCCACAACCCAAUCCCCAAUAUCGCUCGCACCCGGCGAGAUCGGCCGCCGGAAAUAGUGAGAAACCGAAACGCAGGCGGCGGCGGCCUGAGGAGCGGAAGAACCGGGGGCGGACAGGAACAGGAGGGGGGCGAAGGCUGACGUCUGUUUUUCCUGCCGUCCGCCUGCCCCCGCUGAUGCCACCCGCCCUCGGACUUCUACCCUCGGACCACGUCUUCCUGGGUAAUAUGAAGCAGCAUAUGUUGACUCACAAGAUUCGCGAUAUGCCGCCACAUCUGUUCAGCGACCCUAAGCAUCAACAACAGCAGCAGCAGCAACAACAACAGCAGCAGCAACAACAGCAGCAGCAGCAGCAACAACAACAGCAACUGCAGCAGCAGCAGCAACAACAGCAGCAACAGCAAGAUCGAGAGACUUCCCGAAGUCCAAUGUGUGUCGAUGAUUCGAGCCUACCGCCUCCACCACCACCUCCACCACCCCCACCGAUGCCACCGACAUCCAUCGAAUCUACGAUACCAGUAAAGAGAUCACCGGAAGGAGAUCUGCCGGCACCGAAAAGACCAGCUAGCCUGCCGAGCAAGCAUUUGUGCCAGAUUUGCAAUAAGAAUUUCUCCUCGUCUUCGGCGCUCCAGAUUCAUAUGAGAACUCACACUGGCGACAAACCAUUCCGAUGCACCGUCUGCCAGAAAGCGUUCACCACCAAAGGCAACCUCAAGGUACACAUGGGUACUCAUAUGUUCACCAACGGAACGUCGCGUCGAGGUCGACGGAUGUCAUUGGAUAUACCUCCCCUGCCAAUCACGCCCAAGGACUCGGAGUUUCUGCAACGGCGACCGGAUCUUUUUUACCCGUAUCUUCCCGCGCCAUUCCUUAACGGCGUCCAGCAGAAGCUGAACGAGAUUUCGGUGAUUCAAAGUAGCAACGGGUUACCGCCCCAUUCCUUGAGCGCGGGCAAAUACGCGGCAAGCCUAUUCGGCUCGGUGUACGGUGCCAGCGGGGGAGGCUUCUCUCUGGAUAAGCAACCGAUCGGCCCGACUAGUAAUGGACCUUUGGUAGACGCCAAAUCCGCGAUACCCUCAGGAUCCAUGCUCUUUCAAACACCGUCGCCCUCGCACUCGCCCGGCGCGUCGUCUAACGGUGGUAAUCAGACGUCCGCCAGCGUGUCUUGGACCGGCGAUACUCUUCAGCAUCAUUUCGACCGGGAAACACCGAGCAGAACCGAGAAUGACGCCACACCACCCACGGCGCGGCUACCACCGCCACCAGCAAGAGGAGAAGGAUUAGCCGCGUGAGACUUGACGGAUACAUAUCUUUCUACCUAACCGCACGAAAGACGCGAUCGUCCGUUCAUAGCGGCCGAAUCACGGCCGCGUAAGAGGCUGAUAAUAUAAUCGAUACAACUCUCUCAGACUGAAUUAGUUUAGAAGAAGAAAAGAAGAAUCGUGACGAGUGAAUGCUAAUAGCGAGCGGUCUCGAUCCCGCCAACCUUCCGUCCCAAUCGGCAAAGGUUUACGACUCAUCUGAUUCGCGCGAUCAUCAGGAAUGAAAGCUGAAGUUUUUAAUCGCGCGAUGAUGCGUGGCAUGAAGAUGAUUUCGCAAAUCCCGAUCGGAGCAAUCACAAUAUAUACGCCACGACUACCUUUUCCAUGCUGUAUCUGUGCAUUUUAAAGGAAGACAAUCUUUGGAAUUGAAAACGAUCGCCUAAUCUCUCACGUCGGGAGAGCGGAUCGAUCGGAACGAUCACCGGGACAAUCGCGCGAACGCAGCUCGUUGGUGAUCAAGUUGCUUUUGGCAUUUCUCCAUGUACGAGUGACGACAUAUCCUAACGCCUCUCUCUCGUCCCCUCCCUUCCUCCUCCCUUCCCACGCCCGAUAGUGGUUUUCAAUGUCUGCAAGCGAAGACACCAUGUUCCUAUUAUCGCGCUAGUCUUAAUAUGCGUAAAAGGGGUCGGUAGAUUCCAUCGAUUCGUCGACGGCUUCCGAGUAGGCUAAGACACCGAGAGUUUCGACCUCGAUUCGGUAACUCUCGAUACGCGAUGGGGCUCGAUCGCGCGUCACCGCCGCCGCUAUUCGCGUUCAUCGUUUAUUCAAGUCGAGGCUUCGCGUCGCUCGCCGCGAUGCGGGCGGCUGGUGACGAGACGUUCCGCUUAAAUAUUGAUCCCGCGCGCGUGCUCGAUCGAGCCUCGUAUAACGUGCAUAUGUAUUUCACAUACGAUUCGCGAAUCCCUCGUACGGGAUUCGUGGGAGUACCCGCGCUAGCCGCGACGCCUAGACUGAGCUCGGCUCGUGAGAGAAGGCGAGCGUAGGCAUUUUGGAGCCGCAAGACACGUGGCGUCGCGUCCUUACGGGUGUCCCCGACACAGUUUGACCGUCCAUUCGCGACAACAGCGGUGGUCACCUCUCCGGCUUAUCUAAGGCUACGUUAUAAAUACUUAUAUACAUAACAAUAUAUAAAUAAAUAUAUAUAUGCAUAUAUAUACGAAUAUACAUGGAAAAGUACAUAUAUAUAUGCAUAUAUAUUAUAAAUAUAUAAAUAAAUGAUUAUAUAUAAUGCGUAUAUAUAUAUUAUACAUAUGUAUACAUACGUUUAUUAUAUUGAUGCAAUAGGGCGUCAUAUUGUGCGAUUGUUGUAUAUACGCGCGACUGUAUAUGUGUUGCUUCCGUUUGUUUACGAUGUGUAUGCGUGCGAUGUGUAUGUGUGAUAGAAAAACGGAAUUAGAACGAGACAAAUGCGCGGAUGAUAAAGUAUAGGUGUAAUUUAAAAGGCGGGCCCGGCAGCGCCCCUCGCUGUGAUAUGAGAGGAGCAGCCUGCAAUCACUAAACCAAUGUACUUAUAACUUGUAUCAUAGUAUUAUAAUAAUAAAUUUAUUAUCGUUUACACGCAUGGAUGGACGUAUGCAAGAGAUACAAGCAUGCGAUGUAUUGCGAAUGUCUGCGAAUGCCUCGGAAUCAGUGACUAAUUAAAAAAAGAAUAACACUUAGUACUAAUUAAACGUCCAUCCUCCAUACAUCAUCGGCGAUGUUUACGUUGUCGUUGUAAAUAUUAAUUAUUAUGAAAUUAUAAUAUUAAUUAAAUUAUAACAAAGAAUAUUAUAACAUUUAUUAUAUUUGUCAUAAAUGUUAUAAUAUUUAUUAUGAUAAUUAUAACCAUAAUAAUAAAGUAUAGCAAUUGUAAUAAAUAUUAUAAUAAUAAAUUAUAUGACAGUAAUUAAAUUAUUAUAAUAUUUAUUGUAAUUUUUUUACUUGAAAUUGUUUAUAUUCGUAGAUGCAUCGCUCAUAGUAAUUUAUAUUGAUUAUACAGCGUUACUCAUUUAUAUGAGAAGAAAAAGAAAUUACCAUUUGGAGAAGUAAUAGCGUCAGACGCUAUUUAAAAAUUUCGAAAAUUUUCAUAAGUUAUUUUUUUUUUUCAAUUUUACGGAUGAUUCGAAACGAAUAUUUGUUAAUUUAGGCAAAUAUGAGAGAGACUAUGACUAUAUCAUUGGCUAUGUUUUAAUAUAUUUUUUUAAACGCGAAUGUAAUUAUAUUAGAAAGUUAAUUACGCUCUAAUAAUAAUUUAUAGAAGAAUUUUUAAUAUUAACUUUUUAUCUGUGAUUUUUUAGUAAAUAACCUAUGUCCAUGUAAGUAAAAUAUUACUACGACAUUCGACACAUUUAAAUGACAUGACAUAUACGUAACAAAGCAUCUUUUACAUUAUUGAUUAUGCGUAAUUCAGAUCUUUUAUCAAACAUCAAUUGAAAAUAGCCAGUAACUUGAUACAGUAGUAUUAAUCAUUAUCACCUAUAUCGUUAUGUAUUUAAUCAAUUACUGAACGAUCGAAGCAUCGCCAAUGAAACGUAUACCACACAUUUACAACAUGUACUAAUUUAUGAUUUAUUUAUUAUUCGCUUUUUCCGCGAAGUUCCGAUUCUGGUACCUAUCAUCUAUGUACAUCUACCGUAUCCACAUAAAGAAUGUAAUUCUUUACAUAAAUAAUACCAAAUAUUUAAUAAAAUCGCAUGUGUAACAAAACGGAUAUUUUUUUCUUAGAAAAUACGACAAUGUACAUUAUUAGAUAUCCAAUAUGGAUAUCGAAAACCGAGCGCGAAGAUAUUAUUUGACUCAACAAAUUCGUCGUAAUUCUGAACUUGAUAUCCGCAUUUGCAGAAGCAAUACCGAAACUCUCGCAUAUAAAUUUCACUUGUUAUAAAAUUUGUAAACAAAAUAUUUUGAAGACUUAUGAGGUUUAGCGAUAAAGAGUUGUAUUAUAUAAAUUAUUGAAAACGAAUGACUGGAUUUAUACCCGCAAAGGGUAAAUUCGUCGAAAAGAAUUAUUUAUUGCCACGGCUGUCGAUUAUUUUACUUCCGAUAAAUUUCUUUCAUAAAUGUAGCCACGGUACACUUAAACAUUUUAUAAUCGUCUCUGAAAUUCGUGAAAAGUCUGCGUGUUUGUCAAAUGAUAUCGUAAUCAGUAUGGCUGACACGCGGUAAAACGCGGUUUUACGUGUAAUCGAUCCUACAUGUAUGUACAUACUCAGAAAUUAAUACUCGUGUAACGGCUUCUAUGUAUCUUCUCCUUUUUAAGACGAAAGCCAAUCUACACAGCGAAUGUUACAGCGGUACACGACAACACAAUUAGAAAAGUGCGCGUGAAGUCAGACAAUAUACGCACUUUCAGUGAACACUUUGACAAAGUAAUUCAUCCAACUUCUCGUUAAAGAGAACGAGAGAAAGAUCGACAGAGUUAGGGAAAAUUCCAAAAGAACUCAUCGAUGAUUUUGGUAUCGAUCAAGCGUCUCUCUCGUCGUGUAACAUUACUAAAAAAGACAGGAAAAAAAAACACAAAGAAGAAGAAAGCAAAAUGUCACUCAAAGAAAAAUAUACAAUCUGUCGCUUCUUCUAGGUAUGUCGCGUCCGCCAAAAAUCAAAAUCGCUGAUAGCUGCUUGCUAUUUACAUAGCGCACAGUGUGUUCGUCCAUCUGCGGGAAAUGUGCCGAGAAACUUGUGAGUUUCAUUAAUCGUCGAGGUAACUUGACUCGACCAAGAAGAAAGAACGAUUAAUGCAUCGAAGCAUAUCGACGUUUUGUACUUAUCAAAUCAGAUUAUAUUUUUACGUUCGAAAAAGAAAGAGACGUACUAGAAAGAAUGAGAAAUAUAUAUCACCGGAUAAUAUUCGUCUUCGAUGUGUAAGAGUGAUUUUAAUAGCGACGAUGUAAAUUAUUCGUAUCGUGAAGAGAAGUGCAAGUUCGAUGUGUGAACCGUUAAACAUUUCACCGAACGAUCCUAUGGGUCCCGACCUUUAACUCUAGCUGAUUACCAAUUAAUAGUGGUUUUACGUCAUAGAUAAUUUUUUAUGAACUUGUAUAUUUCGUAAAAAUACACAAAUACAUUUCCCAUAAUAAUUCCAUACUGGCAAAACAAUCUUUCGAGGAUUAAAAAAAUCUUCCGCUUAUAUUUCGUGAUGAUUACUGAUAUAUAAACUUACAGAUCUUUCUGUAGAAGAAAAUGUAAUAUUUCUUUCUCUGUCUCGAGAAAGUAUCAAAUGAUGACACCCUUUUACGAGUAAAGCGAGAAAAGAAACUGUAUUGUAAAUAGUGACGAAUGUGUGGCGAAUAAAUGAUCGAUAAAUAUAGCAAUGCGAUUAGCAAACAGUCGAUGUACAUCAUAAGUGUAUUACCAAAAUUUUCGUAAUUUAACGAUUGAUACGCGUUUAAGAGGCGCGCGCGCACAUGUACGCCGUAUAAAUACUUUACACGUGCGAAUGAAACGUUAUGUAACGCAGACAAAAAUAUCCUGACAGCCAUUGAUCUGGCGUAAUGUCCUGUGAAAUUGUCCAAGAAAAGUAUUGCUUACGUAAUCUUAAGUUACACUGUAAAUAUUGUAUAAUCCAUGUAUAAACACGACUGUAUUAGAUAAAAGACCUAUCAUUGUAGUUAAAUACGUUAUGAAUCAUUAUAACUAUAUCACUUCAACAAUAAACCAUUAUUAUGAUGAUGAAACGG